UUAACCACUUCCCGUCCAGCCCAUGUACAUAAAAAGGCCGGACAGGAGCAGUGCAGGAGCGGGUGGCAGUUUAUAAACGUCCUCCCGCUUCCCUGCCUGUGUGCGCUCCCUGGGAGCGCGCGGCACUGCGAUCCGGUGCCCGCUGGGUCUCUGUACGGGACCUCUGUGUGAGGUUCCGAUCAUGUGAUCACUGAUUGGUUAAUCAGUAACCACAUGAAUAGUAGUAAACAAGAUGUCACUUCUGACAUCAUUGCUUACUACUAGUGGAAGGCUAAUCACAACAGCCUUGUACCAUGUGACAAGCUGUGACCAAUCACAGCUAUCACAUGACACAACAGCUGUGACCAAUCACAGCUCUCACAGUA